CCAUCGUUGUUCUGUUUUCGUGGAAAUAUAGAACUACAUUUUUGCGGCCGUGUCCAGAUUAGAUUAAACGUUGUCAUGGUACUUAAAACUUCAAAACCAUGGAUAUAGGAGUUAAUGAUCAUUGCAAUAAUGCUCAAUCUCAUCAGAUCGAGGAUGAUUUGGAGUCGGAAAUUUAUCAUCCUUCAGAGCUGCAACAUGAGACAAUCGAAGAUGUAAUUCGAAUAAGGCAUUUACAAAUUCACGACUCCGAAGAUGAUGUCUUGGUUGAAAGUUGGAAUGGUUUGCAGGCGCCUAACUGUGGUGGAUGUGAGAUGUUCAAUGCAAAUAGGCAAAUACCGGAUGGUGUUAAUGCCACCGGAAGUAGUCCGGUUCAAUUCAACAGGUUUACUCCAAUAGCCGUGUUGUCUGAAGAUUUGCGCAUAUCAAAAAUAUUGAGGCGGCUGAUGAUCGAAACAAAUCGCAAAACCGCGGUUGAACUUUGCAGAAAACUCGAUGCUGCUGUCCGCAAUCAGUCGAAUGCCUCGUACAUAUGUCGUUCGUUUGAUAUAUUGUUCGACAAUAUGGUCACGGUUCUGAGACAGUGUCCCCCGGAGUGUUUGGAGAGCGCAAGUUCCAUUUUAGGUGUUAUGGGCUAUAUUAAUCGCUAUGACUUUGACGUCUACCAAAACAAUUUGAAAAAUUGUUAUAUCAAUAACAAAAGUCUUCGACAAUACCUUAUGAUGGCUUUGAGGACAACCAUAAGUUGUGACGCUGUUAAUUUGGAUUUGAAGCCCUACAGCGACCGUUUGCUGAGUGUUAUCAAGGAAUACUUGGAAAACGCCGAAGUUGCGGAGAACUUUAUUGCCAUCAGUGAAACCAUAGCAGAACUCUCUAAGCAUUACAAACAGUCAUUCCAUAGACAUUUUACUGAUAUUGUGGACAUAAUAAUCGGAUGGCAUUUAGAAAUAGAGCAGCCAGCCACCCUUAAACGACACUGCGGCAAAAUACUGCAACAAUUUUCAGAGUAUUUUUUAGGGAAAUUGGACUUCACCCUUGGAUUGCUGGGGCAGUUCAUUGAAGACAUCGAAGUCUGCGGUGACGAAGUCAUUGCCGAAGAUGUCUCCGUAAAAUCAAAGCAGCAAAUAGAUGCCAGGGUUGGUGCAUUUAUAGGAGCAUUUACUUCGAUCAUGAAGGCAAUGAUUUCGAAGGGCGUUAUUCUCAACAAUUUUACACCCUCUGCCAACAUUGUCCAAGAAGCCAAGCGAGUGGUCAACAAAGUUGCAAAGCAAUGCUUCAACAUGAUAACACUAGUUGGUGAGGAAACCGUCAUUAACCUAAACGAGUUCUACUGUGUAAUUACCUACGAUAAGAGUGUUGAGAACCUAUGCGAUUUGGAAAGAAUUAUAGAACUGCAACUGAACCAUCUGUGUGGUUUUAACGAGAAUCAGAUUUCGAGCUUCUUAUACAUGAUUCUUCACGUUGUACGACAGUAUCGCACACAAUUGCCAUUGAGCUUUGUCUCGCUUAUUAUGAACAAAGAUAACGUCUGCCUGCAGGAACUGAAACUUAAUUGCGGUUUAAAAUCAUACAGACUCUUUCUGAAGAUUUACCACGAGAUAUUAAUCAUAAAGAAUGUGCCUUUGUUGCAAGAGGCCUAUCGUCACAUUUUAAAGGACGUCAAUGAAACGGUUGGUUAUUUAAAGCUUGCGGAAAGUUCCAUCUACUCUAUGGCGAGAAGCGAGCUAAUCUUAAGCUUCUACUUAGCGGCCCUAUCAGCAAUGGCAUGUCAAACUUCUUCAAUUAUCGGCAUGUAUGCUCUAAAUCCGUCAAUUCUGGAAUUGUUAAUUACAAAUUGCCAAGCGGCAAACGAGUCCUUAUGGAAGCAAUACCCAACGUUGCAUCAAGCAUUGUUGGCCGUAAUUAAGGAACAUUCUUCGAAAAACUACAAUUUUCGUCAGUCAUCUCGUCUGCUGGUUCAUAAUCAAGAUUCCCCCACUGCGGAGAAUUUCAGUAUUAUACUGAAAUUUUUGGCCACCAUACUAAGGUGGCACAUUUCAUCAGACUUACAAAACUGGUUAGAUCAGUUGCUUAAGGAAUGCCGAGAUGACUUUGCAAUUUUAACGGAGAAGGACGAUUUUCUGCAAAUGUGUGAGAAUAUUACAAUACUAGCCAAACGAGAGCCAACCCUGUGCUCAGGACUUUUGCGUUCCAUACUUCAGUACAAUAAAAUGCCCGAUUUUAUUUUGUGCAAUAUAAGAGAUAUAGUACUGUACGCCUUUGAAGGAACUAACCAGGAACGUUUGCCUUUCUAUGCAGAACUUCUGGCAUUGUUGCCUCUGGAAAUAAGCCUUACUACCGACAAUGAGUCCGACAUAUUUUAUGAAGACAAAGAAAGGCUUAUACAGCUUCAGCAUUGGCAUAAAUCUACUAUAUGCUUCAAUACUCUCCGUUCGAAGUAUUUUAAAUCCUUCAUAGAAUCCUUGGAUGCAAACUCUACAGCCGAUGCAAAAGAACUGAUGUAUCAAGCAUUUGCCGAGAAAAGUUUUGUUCAUUUGCAUAGAGAAAGUGUCGAUGACUAUCUAAACACAUUGCAAUGCAACAAACGGCUACUUAAAUUCCAUUUGCAGUACGAGGCAGCCCGAUAUUGUGUCCAGCAAAAGCUUCGUACAACAUUGGGCAAACCACAAGAAACAUUUUUGGCAAUCGAAUCUAUUAUUAUGAAAUAUGCUCGUUUUCUGGCUGAAAAGACCAAAGCAACGAAAGGCAUUGAUACCCCUUUGGACGAACUAGCAAAAUUACAAGAAAACUGUCGAAUGUUACUGGGUUUUUUGGAAAGCUUAGAGAAGCAUAUCUAUAAUGCCGCUGAAGGGACGGCCAUUGCAAUGCUGCCUGCAGAAAAACCAGCAAGAACCUUCUUUCGUGUCAAUUCAUCUACCUGCAACGAGUGGUUCAAAAGAAUACGAACAGCGGUAAAUCUUAUAGCGCUGCAUUGCAUGGAACCCGAAAUGGUUAUUCGAUAUUCAGAGAGCAUUUUGCAAAGUGAUGCCGCCUUCACAAAUAAGGGUUUCUUGGACCGCACCAUCACUUCCAUGGUUUGGGCUUUAUUCGCUUGCGGUGAAGCGGAAGCUUUGUACGGUGUGCAGACAUGGUUAAAGUCCAAACACUGCAAGGGCUACGAAUGGAUUCAACAUGUUGCUGAACAUGCCUCCGGACAUUUCGAAAAAGCAGCCACCGGAUAUAAAAGCAUUCUGGGUGAUGAUGCGGCAAAAAAUAUGGACUUGUUUAUGAAGGAAUUCCUGCAGCAACAAUUGUCAGACUGCCUUUGCCACACUGCUAGGUGGGACGAAAUAAAACGUAUCGGCUUAAAUACAAACUACUUGACACAACAUUUGGAGAGUAUGGAGACAAUUUAUAGAAAUGCAAUGAGGCAAUCGGACGAUAUGGAAAACGAAGAACUUUCAAAUGCCUUGCAGAAAAUGACCGAAUGGGCCGAGGAAUAUAACAACAAUGAGAAAUUACAAAAUAAAGUUGAAAGCUUUUCCUACUAUGAAAUAUUGCAGCGUAUAAAUGAAGCGUGCCUGGUUCAAGCGGUGAGCAGGCAGAAUGGGACCCCAUUAGAGUUCGAGUCAAUUGGAAAUUGUAUACGUCAAAGCUUACGUGAAUACGUAGUUGACUCCAAUGAGAAUGUUUUCAACGAGUUGAUUCUACUUAACCACGUAUCCUACAACUUGCAACACGAUGAAAAUUUUGCAAUUCACAACACCGAAAUUACCAUAUCUCCGCGGUCGAUAAAUCACAUCCUCAACUGGUCAAUGAUUAUGGGAGCUAAAUCAAACAAUACCAACAAUAACCUACCGCUUUUACUUAGCAUGGCAUCCGUUGCAAGAAAUCAAAAUAAUUUAUCUUACUCCCAAAAGCUUUUAGAAAACUUCUUUACACUGAAGGGAAUUGAGAAAAGUUACCCUCAAAUUAUUCAUGAGCUUAAAUCAAAUGAACUAGAAAUAGACUGCUGGGAUCCGGAUCUCGUUAGAGGCGUAGAAGAAUUAAUUAAGUGUAUGCAUGCUGAAAACAAUUCGUCUCUCGAUGCACUGGAGGUGGCAUCGACAUGCUGUGCCCAAAUAAUUCAGAAGCAUGGGGGACCUGCGGCAACGGACACAGUGCCCGAUUCUACUUUGAAUUUGCUGCUGACCAUGGCAGACUGGCUAAGUGGAAAUCGUUUGCCCAAUUCGAGCCUAGCGCAAAUCGCUCAAUGCCAACAAUUCCAGAAACUGCAAAAUCUUUUGCCGAGCAUAGAUGUAUGUGCUCAUUCUGAAGGCCGCAACAAGUCGUUCGCACUGCCCACUACAGAAUACUCAGUUGGCAAACUUUUAAAUGCCAGCAUAUUAUGCAAUGCAAAUUCUGGAGGUGCAUGGUUUUUCUUCGGCAACUGGUGCUACCGUUGGGGCAAGAAACUAAUGGAGACCUCCGGUGAACAAUGCGACAUAAAGGAAUUGAAAAUGACAAAUCGUAACAUCGCCUCCAUACAGGAUAUAUUGGGAGAAAAGGUCGAUGAUGGACUUACGCUUCAAGUAGUUGAGCUUCUCAACACGCACAUGGUCAACGCAAUCAAGGACGACAAUGUGGACGAUAACGAAUACUCACACAACGCUCGCGAAGCGCUCGAAUGUGAAAUGAAAAAAAUUUGCACAAUUUCUACGGAACAAUUGAACUCGAUAAUUUGCAUAUGGUGCCAAGCUCAUAAAGGUGUCUACGGAUUUUAUGAGGAAGCCACUAAAGCUUACUUCAAGUAUUUGGCAAUAGAAAGCGACGCAACCUCAAUGAAAUCAAAGUCCAAAUCGAAUACGGAAAUUGAGAACACAUUUGUCACUCUACGUUUAUUGCGAUUAAUUGUAAAGCAUGCGACCGGAUUGCAGGAUGCAUUGGAAGAAGGUCUGCGCAACACUCCAUUAAGACCCUGGAAAGUUAUUAUUCCUCAACUGUUCAGUAGACUAAACCACCAUGAAAACUACGUGCGACGCAGUGUGUCGGAUUUACUUUGCCGCCUUGCUGUUAAUCAACCACAGCUUAUCAUAUUCCCAGCUGUUGUUGGGGCCCAACAGGAACAAAAAAACUGUGUUGCUGCUGAAUCGCAAAAACAGUUGAGUAAUUGUUUUGUAGCACUUUUGAAUUCCCUUUCCUCACAAGCUCCCAACAUGGUGCUGCAAGUGCAGAUGCUUGUGUGCGAACUGAGACGCAUUACGCUUUUAUGGGAGGAAUAUUGGAUUCAUAGUUUGGCGCAACUCUACGCCGAAUACUCACAUCUGUACAACGCUUUGGAAGCGGAAUCUAGAAAAUCGACUAACAGAGAUGCACUUUUAAUUAAGUAUGACAUAUUCAGAAAGCAUCUGUUGAAGGACUUUGAGAGGAUCGUUGAGGCAACAGAAAAAGAAGCCGAAACAAACUAUGAACGCAACUUCCAGGAGCGCUUUAGGCACCACAUUGAAAUUGUGAGGAAGGAACUAACAAAGCCCACUGAUACCGCACAACCAUCGGAAUAUUGGCAAAAAAUAAAACAACUGUAUAGUAUAUUCCAGCAACGACCCCUCCGAGGAAGUUCUUCCACUAUUCGAAUUUCAGACGUAAGUCCGGUGCUGGCGAAUAUGCGUAAUACCACAAUUUCAAUGCCUGGCGUUGAUACGUACGAAAAACCUGCGGUAUUUAUCAAAUCUGUGGAGAGCACGAUUUAUAUACUGCCCACUAAAACGAAACCCAAGAAAUUAUCAUUUUGUGGAAGCAAUGGCCAAACGUACACAUAUUUGUUCAAGGGCCAAGAGGAUUUACACUUAGAUGAGCGCAUAAUGCAAUUUCUUUCUAUAUCCAACUCAAUGAUGAGCCGAUCGUACGGUUCAAAGGCUACAAUAGACUGUUUUAAGGCGCAUCAUUAUUCUGUAAUUCCUUUAGGCACACAGUCGGGGCUGAUUAGCUGGGUGGACCAUUGCACCCCUCUCUUUGCGAUUUACAAGAAAUGGCAGCAACGUGAAGCUCUAUUAAAACAACAGCAAAAGGAGCGGCAGAAUUCUAAAUCGUAUGAACCCGUCUUACAAAGUCCCACGGCGGCCGCAACAUCUCGGCCCUCGGAAUUGUUCUACAAUAAGUUGACGCCGCUUUUAGCUGAACGUAAUAUGAAAGUUUCCGAUCCCCGCAAGCAAUGGCCAAUUGCAAUAUUGAAGCGGGUGCUGCGCGAGUUGAGUUCAGAAACACCUGGAGAUUUGUUGGCAAAGGAAAUUUGGUGCUAUUCUACGAAUUCUGUAGAUUGGCGUAAAUCAGUGCGUCGCUAUACCAUGUCAAUGGCGGUUAUGUCUAUCAUAGGAUACGUUAUUGGCCUUGGUGAUAGACAUUUGGACAACAUCUUGAUUAAGCUGGGAACUGGAGAGAUCGUUCACAUUGAUUACAACGUCUGCUUUGAGAAGGGCAAGUCUUUGAGGGUUCCAGAGAAAGUUCCUUUCCGCAUGUCUCAAAAUUUAAAAGGUGCCCUCGGCCUAGUGGGAACGGAGGGUUCUUACCGCUUGGCGUGCAGCCAUGUUCUUCGAGUAUUACGUAGGGAGAGAGAAACUUUGCUCACGUUACUAGAAGCGUUCGUGUAUGAUCCCCUAGUGGACUGGACCUUAAGCGAUGAUGGCAAUUCAACACGUGGAACAUCCGCCAAUUCCGCAGCCAUUAUGAUAACUUCACUAUGUUCAUCCAAAGAAUAUCAUCUUAGCCCAAGAGAUGUCUUCAAGGGUAAAAAAAGCGAUACUGACUUGUCACGACAAACUUUAACCUUGAAAAUCAGUGAAGUUAGACCAGCGUGGUUGCAAUACAAGGACGAUUUGGAUUACGUGUUGCGAAAUGUGAAGGACCAUGUUGAACGUAUGUUAGACGUUCGACAGCAGAUCCUACGAUUUGAAGAAAAGCGUGAUAACUAUACGAAACAACUUGCCAUGAUCCGCGAAUUAGAUGCCUUGGGGUCGGCUCGAGGCAGCCAUGCAUUGAAUACAGUAACGCAACGGUACAAAGCAUACAAAAGAGAUUUGAGUUCAUUCGAUGAAAUUAAAAGUUUGGUGCGACAAACAGUUACAGACCUUGAUAUAGUGGUUUCAACCUAUUUCGACAUUUUACUGGCACCAAGUGAAAUUAGAAAUAUUGAGAUUAACGACGGCGGUUUACCACAUUCCAAUGAGUGUGCCAUAGUAAAGACUCUACUCGCUGGAAACAGUGAAAAUAAAUAUUAUACUCCGAUCGAAUUUGCUAAACAUGAGAUCAACAACAGUUUCAUACAAAUACAACGCAAUGCCAUCGAAUGUCGGGAUUUACUUUUGUUCUACGGCCAACUAAUGCGUUUUUAUCCCCGUUCCAAGUUGCAGCAAAAUCAUUUGGUAAAAUACUUAGCGCAACUAAAGGAGCUAGUCGAUGUGCCAAGUACCGUGGCAAAUCCAGAAUUGCCAUCAACAAGAGGUUGUGAAGAAGACACUCAUGGCACGACGAAAACAUGCGUGCAAUACUUUAAAAAUAUGCAAUCGAUUCAUGUUGAUUUGCAAACCCAAGUUGUCCAGGCACAACAGGUUCUAAAGCAGCGGCAACAAGAACAGCUGGAUAAAAUCACGGUACCGCAGGCUACUGAUGAAAUCCUAAAUCUCAAUAGAUCCCCUCUGCAUAUUUUAAAAGGUUUACGUCAACGGCUCGAUGCAGUGCAUAAAGCAUUUGUCGCAAAAGAGAAGGAACUCUUCUCCUCAAAUGUUUGUUUCCUGUUGAAUCACCGAAUAAGCUUUUUGCUUUUCGUUGAAAGGUCAAUAAAUUGUUUGAGUCCAGCGCAUGUGCCGAAGCUACUACGAACUUUGAUUCACUCUUUGGUAGGCCUGCGCGACUUGAAGGACUCCAUGGAAGAUGCAAGUGAAACGCUAUUUGCACUAAUGACAAACGAGACCAUUCCAUGCUGCCAAGAAAUAAAUGCAAACGAAUAUUACAAGUCGUGUCCUGCAAUUAAUGUGAUAUUUGAGGAGACUGAUAAUAUAUUUAAGGACACCGUUGCGAGACUGCAGGGGUUGCAAGACAGCCUCACUCACAUGAGAGAGAUCCAUCCGACGGCAGCGAUACAACAAAUUAAGAAUGUGUGGAGUAUUAACAUAUUGGAGUACAUGGAGUCGUGUCGCACAGACGUUAUGCUUAAGAUAAUUUCGGAAAUCAAUGACUCAAGCCUGGCAAUGACGACGAAUGAUGUUAACAAUAUUCUUGAUAUCCAAAGAAUAAGGAGGCCGAUCAACGAUAUGAUGGUUAAAAUUCAAUCUAAAUUAUUCGAGGGAUUACUAUCGCUGGUAAUGGAGUGCAUACACGCAAGUAUUGGAAAUUCCAUCGCCGAUGUUCGCUUAACUGACAAUGCUGGCUUGACGGAAGUCAAUUCGGUUUUGGAAAAACUUUUCCACACCCUUGAGCAUGAAAGGCAAUUACAAUACGAUGAAGAUGUUGUGUUAUAUUACUCGAAGCUUUUAGACCAGUAUCACUUUAUUACGAAUUUCUAUUUCUGGUUACACGAGUCACAUUUGAUUGAUGCUGACAGUAAUCUACAGAAUCUUAAAUCUAAAAAAGCGUUUAUAACUGCUUUACAUAACGCCAGCCAAGAUCUAUCUGCCUCGAAGUCAAAAAUGAUAAAAACACAGAAAGACGUAGAGUUUCAUAGGAGCUUAUUGAGGGAUUUCCUAUUGUCUAGUUUAGUGCCAUCUGCAGGCGAUUUGCAAAAACUAGACGAUGCAGUUGCAGCCGAAAAAGAAAGAUAUGAAUUCUUCUUGAGUUUGGCUACACGUCUUACCGAGUACUCCACAGUUCUUUUGCAAUUCGAGGUUUCGGGCGAAAACAAGCCAUUUGAGAGCCUUGUGAGGAAGUACAAUGAGGAGCGCAGUAAAUUGCAGACAUGUGAAACAGCUAUUAGCUUAGUGGAACGCAAUCUGGUGCAGCUUUUAGAUCCCGAGGACAAUAUUGACAACUGUUGGAUAAAAAAUAUAUCGGAGUUAUUGGACGAGAUGAUCUUUUCUGCACAAAAGGAGAUAUGUGAUUUUGAAAAAGUGGAGGCAAAUACGGAGGCAAUCCUUCAGGAUGAUGGACAAAAGUUGCAGCAGGUUAUUGUGGACUCAUCCAUUCGCGGAGAUAUGCGCCAAUUACUAAAAAUGCUAACGAAGUCGUACAGGUUAAGUAAAAUUGGUAAUGGAGACCACCUGUUCCAAGACAUUCGUGAUAUACAGCACACAAUGAAGCUCUUACAAAACAAAUUGAAUGACCUUCAGUUGCAGUUGCUCUCUGGAGAAUUCGAAACCGUGGCGCUUAUGCAAUUACACGAAAAAGUAGAUGAAUUACUCACCCUGUGUCACAAUAACAACAUUUGGUUAAAAUCAAUAAUCGAACGACUUGGUAAAUUGUAUUCGGACGAUGGACAAAACUGUGCAGAAUCCCCAACAAGAAAUGAGUCUUCUAAAGACGUCGGUGCUAAUAACAGCCAGCUGGGGGAGCAAAAGCGAAAUGCCUACGCCGUGUCCGUUUGGAAGCGCAUUCGUAUGAAACUGGAAGGUCGAGACCCCGAUCCAAAUCGUCGUAGUUCUGUGGCGGAACAAGUCGAAUAUGUCAUUGCUGAAGCUACAAGCGAAGAUAAUCUGGCCUCUCUAUAUGAAGGUUGGACACCAUGGGUGUAGCUUGCCAAAUGCAAAAGACUCCAUAGGCGAGGAGUUUGGCAUAGGAUUUCGUAAAAUAAUUUAUAAUAGAAAUAAAUUCCAGUGAAGUAACGGAGCCACAACUAGAUGUGCAACAACAUAUACAUAAAUCGGUUCUACAACGGCAAUAGAUCGAUCGAUCUUAUUAGCUGAGACAAGCAGUAGUUUUUCCUAGAAUAUCAUCCUCCGCCUUCAUGCGCAAUUUGCCGAUAGCUUUGUGGAUGGUAAUUGAUGCAGGUCAUGUUGCUCUUUAAAUGGUUGUGGUGAGCCUUGUGGUGUGGUUAGGCAGAGAAAUGUCUCCUUUAUAACAGCUGGAAUACCAGGAACGGUCGAACAUCUCUUCCCAUGUUGUUUUAGCAAAUACAAAUGAUAAAAGCAACAAUCGAUAUUUUCUUUUCAAUUUUUUUUUUUUUUUUUGUGUUUAACCACCUUUGCUGUAUAUUUUAUAUUUUUAACUUAAAUAAAAACAACUAUCUAUA